AUGUCUGACUCCAUGCGCAAAGGUCUCGGCGAACAGGUCGGUGAGAAGGUCACCCCUCAAUCUCAAAAGUCCACCGGACAAGUCCUCUCCGAGAAUGUCACUGGUGCUACCGACAAGGUUGCUGGUGCCUUCCAGCCAACCGAGGAGAAGUCCGCUACCCAGAAGAUCGGUGACUCUACUCGAUCCAACGUAGACAGCGCUCAAAACGGGAGCUCCGGCUACCUCGACUCUGCCAAGAACACUUUGAGCGGCGCCGCUGAGUCCACAUCCAACACUCUCUCCAAUGCUGCCGAUACUGUGACUGGCAAGACCAAGGGGACCACCGAAUAAAUUCUCACGAUACCCUCCCUUCGAGUCUGGUGAAUAAUUAGAGGAUGAAAUUGUUCUUUGGGUAUCAGAUGGCUUCUGGUCGCUCAUUGCUAGGAGAUGCGGUUUUCUAGUUAUGGAUGUAUGAUAGCGCCUACGGGCUAAUAACAAACGUCGUC